GGGCCGUACAAGUUGUGCGCAUGCGCAGCAGGGUUUCUAUCACAGUCGAGCGGAUGGGAAAGUCACACCACAUAUCCACGAAUUCAUGGAGACAUUCAGAGCUCUCCAUGCUGCUUAGUGAACCGGGACCGCACAUCACAGAAGGAUAUCGCACACUUGCAACCGGAGUUGGUGAAUGAAACGCACAGAUUGAUCCAGUGCGCUUGAAGCUCAGCUGAUUCUUCUUUUCUUCGUCAUCAUCCUCAUCAGUGUGUGCGUGUAAAGAUGCCGCCAGCGACAGGAGGGCCGGUGGGCUACACUCCUCCCGAGGGCGGCUGGGGCUGGGCAGUGGUGGUAGGGGCCUUCAUCAGCAUUGGCUUCUCCUAUGCCUUCCCCAAAUCCAUUACGGUGUUCUUCAAAGAGAUUGAGGUGAUCUUCAAUGCCACCAGCAGCCAAGUGUCAUGGAUCUCCUCAAUCAUGCUGGCUGUCAUGUAUGCAGGAGGACCAAUCAGCAGUAUUCUGGUGAAUAAGUAUGGUAGUCGACCCAUCAUGAUGGCUGGAGGCUGUCUGUCUGGCACAGGAUUAGUCGCUGCAUCGUUCUGUAACACAGUGGAGGGUCUUUACUUCUGUGUGGGAGUUAUAGGCGGACUGGGUUUGGCUUUUAAUCUGAAUCCAGCGUUGACCAUGAUUGGCAAAUACUUUUACAAGCGGCGGCCAAUAGCUAAUGGCAUCGCGAUGGCGGGCAGCCCAGUGUUCUUGUCCACCCUGGCCCCAUUGAACAGCUGGCUGUUUGAUCAUUUCGGGUGGAGGGGCAGUUUUCUCAUCUUGGGAGGAGCUUUGCUGAACUGCUGUGUUGCGGGGUCGCUAAUGCGGCCCAUUGGACCAAAACCACAACCUGCCAUUUCAAAAGAGGAUGGCGAACCCAAACGUCAAGAGAAAAAAACAUGCCUGCAGACCAUCAACAGCUUUCUGGAUCUGACCCUGUUUACUCACCGAGGCUUCUUGCUGUACCUGCUCGGAAACGUCAUCAUGUUCUUUGGCCUCUUCGCGCCACUUGUGUUCCUCAGUAACUACGCGAAGAGUAAAGACAUUUCCAAGGAUAAGGCUGCGUUCUUGUUGUCCAUCCUGGCCUUUACUGACAUGAUUGCUCGGCCAUCCAUGGGCCUGGUGGCCAAUACACGCUGGGUCCGUCCACGCAUUCAGUACUUCUUUGCCGCAUCUGUGCUGUAUAAUGGUGUCUGCCACUUGAUGGCGCCAUUCUCCACCGAUUACUUGGGUUUUGCCAUUUAUGCUGUAUUUUUCGGUGUGGCAUUCGGCUGGCUCAGUUCUGUGCUGUUUGAGACUCUCAUGGACCUGGUGGGCGCUCAGAGAUUCUCUAGUGCUGUCGGGUUGGUCACUAUCGUGGAGUGUGGACCUGUGCUGCUGGGGCCGCCGUUACUGGGAAAACUCAAUGAUAUCUACCAUGAUUAUAAAUACACAUAUCAGGGUUGUGGAAUCGUCCUGGUGGUCGCUAGCGUAUUCCUGUUUGUGGGAAUGGGAAUCAACUACCGGCUGUUGGAAAAAGAGAAGAGGGAGGAGGAGAAAAUAGCUAGGCAGGAAGAAAAGGAUGAAGAGACAAAUAUAGACAAUGCCCUGAACGAGAAGGCAAAGGAGGCGGAUGGAGACGCAUGGGAUGCGUGAGCGGAUGUUGCAAAACGGAAAAGGACACUCUAAACAGCGCACACAUGCCAACAAUCCACGUCUUCCAGUUUUGACCGUCCAAAAUGAUAAACACAGAAAAAAAUUUCCCUCUAAUGCAGUACUUAAUGAUUCAGUUAGCAUUUAGAAAAGCACAAAAAGACUGUGUUGCCAAGAAAUAGUCUCUUUUAUGCAGUCCCACACACACCUCAGGUGUUACUUUCAUUCUCCCAACAUUCAUAUGGGAGUCUCUCUGUACCUUAAUGUCACAAUUCACCUUUCUCUGUUAUAUUACAACCAUUACAAGAGCAUUCCUAGUUUUUGACUUCAGAAUUACACCGUUCAUCUCACCUUUGAAUGAAACUUCAAAAUGCACAUUUCAAAAUAGAGCAGAUUUUCAUAAGAGAAUUGCCAUGUGUGACAUUUAAGGUGACGUGCGCACAGAAUUUGUUGGUUCAAGACAUGGGAGAAGGAUAUCAUAGGAAUAGUUUUUUGGACUAAAGGUCAUUAUUAUAUGUAGGAUACUUUUCUUUCUUUCUUUUUUUCUUUUCUUUUUUUUUUUUUUAAGUUGAGUGUGGAGUUUUUAUGUUUUAGUAUCUGUAUUUUAGUCUUCCUUGUUCUGAUUGGCUGGUAGAAAAUAGUGCCAGGCUAUGCUAGACUGCCAUAUAAAGGCAAAACGCAGAAAUGUCAAGACGGACAAAGUUUUUGAAUUGAUUUGAUGUCAACUUUCAUGCUCCGUUUUCUCUGAAUCUGAACAUAGUUUAGUAAAACUCAUCUGUCACAGAACAGAUCAUAGACUCAAUUUCACUCAUGAAUUAGGGUAAAAUAUGUAGUUACUGUGUUUUGCCUUUUUGCGUGGCAGAAGAAUUCACGGUUUAAUAUGUUUUUUUUUUUGACAGGUUGCUUCCUGCUCUGGUGAUCUCAUGAUCUCACGUUGCUCAUCAAACUCUUUAUUCACUGUACUGUAACCAUGGAGAUUUCCGUGGUUACUGUUUUUAGGAACUUCGGCAGACACUAUAUUGCAAAGGUCUUGUUUUUGUCUGAGAGGCAAUUCUCACUUCUUCACAUGAGCAGUCUUUUGGAGAUGUGUUUUUAGCUUAUAUGUUUUACUUUUUUUAAUUUAGUGAAGAUGAUAAUUGUUUCACUAGCGUACAUUCAAAUAGGGGAUCCUUUUAAAAGUGUGUUCUCAUUUACCUUUUUGACCAUGUUGUUUUUAGAUGUCUAGAAACUUUUAAUUACAGUUGCCAACAGAUCCUUUGCCUUUCAUUGGGUGCCUUUCUAUCUACAUGCAGGUACAUACAAUACUAAUUCCUGAAACCUCUUUUAAAGAGCUUUUUGCGAUUAUCAAGAGGAUGUGUACUGAUUUUAAUUUCAUAGUCUGAUAUUAAUUUGUUUUGUGCCAUAUUGAGGGAGAGUAGAGUGCUUCAUUUCUACCUGAGCCAGCAACAAACACGGUACUGAAUUUCUGUUGGCUAUAGAUACUGACGUGAUUUCAAGUUCUGCUAGUGCAAAAUGAAGGUGUUUAUGCUUUUAAGAAUGCAAGUAGGUGAAGGAAUAUAUCUGUUUCCAAAGCCAUUUUAUUCCUUCUGCUUUUUAGAUUACAUUUUGCUGAUGUGGAAAACAACACGACUCUCAGGUCUGCCAAAUGAACAAGAUACACAAGACUUAGCAGAUCUCAAACAUCCGUGGCAGUUUGCUGCAUUGUCACGUUCAGGAAAAAACAUACAUUGAAAAAGGGAGGAAACACCACCACCUGCUGGCCGCUGUCGUUCAUUGCGACACUGCGGCUCAACAGCAGUGACUCAAAUAUGCUGGUUCACUGCAGUUUCUUUGUAGUAUUUUUGAGAAACAUUUGGGUGCAAAUACAAGUAAUUCUUUUCUAGUAACGUUGUUUGAGUCACAGCAGAUGGCAAUUUUUGUAUAGUGCACUUUAAUUUCAACCUCUUGAAUUAUGCACAUGCAGCAUUCACAGUGUAAGGCAUUAUUUAGUUUUUUUUCCUGAGUAGAAAUGAAUCGGUCUGGGUCCUGGUGGGUAUGUGCUCCAGUUCUCUGGUGUGGCGGAGUUGGUAAUCUCAGAGCUCUGCUGAAUAAUAGCAGCUGCGAGACAAGCAGAUUCAGUGCAGUGUUAACGACUCAAUUUCAGUAUCUCUCAGAUAAGAUCAGUAUCGCUCCAACUGCACUUCUGUUUAUAGGAAGAGCUGUCUAAACUCCACUCGACUGUGUGUGCAGGAUUCUUAUUAGUGUUGGUAAUUGUGUGAAGGAAAAUACUGCUGUACAGAAAAUGGACCACCUUGAGAAUGUUCCAUCCUCUUAUUCCCACUUUUUCUUGUGGGCCGAUUGAACAGAAGUAACACUAACACUAACUAAAGUGCUUUUAAAAUGUCUCCUGUCAGAAAGAUAACUGAGGUGAAGAGAGACGGGUAGGAAGUAUUGGAAGAUUGACUGUAUUUUGUGUGUGUUUGUGCACAGAGAUUCCAUGAUUAAUUUAGGAGAGUGGCCCUUAUAAGGUAUUCUGGGCAGAGUAAAAGUAAUUGUAUUUUUAGGUAUUUUAAACAAUAUCACGUGUGAAAUUUUGUAUGUUUCGAUGUGUUUUGUGUGGAUGAGCAAAUCAAUAAACUUUUUAAAAAAUGUAAA